AUGACCACCACCCUGGGAUCUUUGGCCGAGUUCUGCCCAGACUCUGGCAAUAUCGACGUCUACCUGGAAAGGUUCGACCUGUAUGGAACCACCAAUGAAAUAGACGCAAGUAAGAAGUUGCAAGUCUGCUUAACAAUCCUGGGUGAAAAGGCUUACGUGACUCUGCUUAGCCUGCUGCUGCCGAAGAAACCAACAGAAGUCAAGUACAAAGAAGCUACAGAAGCUCUCCGAAAGCACUAUGCUCCAAAACGGUCAGUCGUUACCAAACGGUAUCACUUUUACCAGCAAAAGCAAGAGCCGGACGAAAGCCUAAAACAGUUCAUCGUCGAGCUGAAAAAACUGGCUGCGACGUGCUCGUUUGGAAGCUUUUUGGAAGAAGCACUCUGGGAUCGACUGAUUGCUGGAAUCGGGACGGAUUCGAUUCGAUGCCGUCUUCUUGCCCUGUCAGACGACGAAGCCACCUGGGAGCGAGUAUGCAAAAUUGCCACAGCCUUGGCAACUGCCCAGAAAGACGCCCAAGAAAUGCUACCGCAGGGGUCAACCGCCAGUCCGGCCGACGUUUACUGGCACUGGGAGCCCACCACACAAGGCAGGCGACACGCGACGAAGACCGCUAGCAACGAGCAGCGUGCCCCCCCAAAACGGUCCAAGGAAGCAACGUGGGAAAGGCAUUGUUUGUGCCUGUCAUAG